CUUGUACCGCCAAUGUUGUGGCAAACUACAAAAUUAGGCGAUAUUUAACUUAAGCGAUUCUUAACCAAAUUCUGCUAAGGUUCAGUUUUCACCAUGCCGUAUGCUAACCAGCCGACAGUGAAGAUCACUGAGCUGACAGAUGAAAAUGUUAAAUUUGUCAUCGAAAACACCGACUUGGCGGUUGCGAAUUCUCUCCGGCGGGUGUUCAUGUCAGAGGUCCCAACGAUAGCAAUUGACUGGAUUCAGAUUGAUGCGAAUUCCUCAGUUCUACACGACGAAUUUGUCGCGCACAGAGUGGGGCUCAUACCCCUCACCAGUGAUGACAUUGUUGACAAGAUGCAGUAUUCCAGAGACUGCACUUGCGAUGAUUUCUGCCCAGAAUGUUCUGUUGAAUUGACCUUGGAUGUGCGAUGUACAGAAGACCAGACACGUCACGUGACCUCACGAGAUCUUCUCUCAAACAAUCCCAGAGUCAUUCCUGUGACCUCCAGGAGUCGGGACAAUGAUCCUAAUGACUAUGUUGAACAAGAUGAUAUCUUGUUAGUGAAGCUUCGUAAAGGCCAGGAGCUGCGUCUCAGAGCAUUUGCCAAGAAGGGCUUUGGCAAGGAGCACGCCAAGUGGAAUCCUACAGCAGGGGUGGCCUUUGAGUAUGACCCAGACAAUGCCCUGAGACAUACAGUGUACCCCCGUCCUGAAGAAUGGCCAAAGAGUGAAUACUCAGAGAUUGAGGAGGAUGAAGUACAAGCUCCAUAUGAUCCUAAUGGUAAACCAGAGAGAUUUUAUUACAAUGUGGAGUCCUGCGGUUCACUGCGGCCAGAGAACAUUGUCAUGUCUGCACUUGCUGUGCUGAAGAAGAAACUCAGUGACCUUCAGACCCAGCUGAGCCAUGAGAUCCAGAGUGAUGUUCUCACCAUUAACUGAACUUCACCUAUUACCCAGUCCCACCUUGUCUGUAGGGAGGCAUGGAUCAGCUUAGGUUGUAGCCUUGUACACAAUGAAAUGGUGAACAGUGUAGAGACUGGGUUUUUUGUUUUUGGUUUGUUUUUUUGCAGCAGGAUAUUUUAUGUGCAGAAAAAGUCACGUUAU